GCAGUUUUCAACUGUUAUGGUGGUUCGAAUUUAAUUUAGAUAUUUUAAUUAACUCUGAUUAACUCUGAGGACUUCAUAUGUGAUGCAUGUCUUCAAGUAAUCUACCAGUCUACCAGUCUACAAGUGAAGCAGAACCAGUACGAGGUCAUCGCAGCAUUUGCUUUGGUUGUGGUGUAUCUAUAUUGGAAUCUCGCACUCAUAGGGUGCCUUUAGAUUGCCCUGAACGAAACAUAAUACUGAGAUGGACAUCUCCUCAUCUGGUAGCUCAUCUAGAAAGAGUUUAUCGAGCUUGUUGGAUGAGUGCUACUCGAGAAGUGAGAAGACAGGCAAUUCAUGAUGCUCAAAGGCCUUUGCAGUUAGAAAAUGAAAAUGUGCCUGUUCCACCACCAUUACCAUCUCAGCAAAUACCUGUUCAAGAAAAUACAUCAAGAGAAGUACCAAGCAUCAUUUCACAAGUUUACAAACGAGUGUCUGCAACUUCUAGGACUUGCUUGUUUGCAGGUUGUGAAAAUCAGGAACAGCUCUUGGUCCCAUCCUCUUUAAAGGAGUUAUUAUUGUCAAGGUAUCAAGUUUAUGUACCACUAACAGCUAGAAUCUGCAGUGAUCAUUUAAAUAAUGGCAAUUGGGAAGAUCUACAAGCGUCAUAUAACACCUUAACAGGUUUUCAAAUGGAUAACAUGAUGUAUAUUAUGAAAUGUGCAGGACAAAGACAUAUAGAUUUCUCAAACAUUGCUCAUAUGGAUCCACAUAUUGUACAUUAUUGGUUAGGAUUAUCAAAUAAACCUAUCUUGUAUAUUGUUUUUCUACCAAAUGUAGAUUACAGUAAAACUUAACUGCCACUGUAAAUUAUCUUAAGAUCCACACAGAUUAGAGGCAAUAGUUUCAAUACUUUUAUCCUGAGAAGUAAAAUAGGUAAUGUUCUUAAUUCAUUUAAAUAUCAAUCAAGUUUAAAAUCUUAUUACAAGUAACUAUACAAUAGUAUGUAAGUAUUUAAUUAUCCUCAACUCCACUUGAUCUAUGCUGAUCCUACUGUAAUUAUUAUUAAAUUGAAAUCAUUAUUUUUUAUAUUUAUUUGAAAAUUGAUUUCAGGAUAUAUUCACAGUUGGCCUUAGGUUUUAUUUUAAUCUAGCAGAUUUUUAUUUCCCA